AUGGAACCAGUCGGAGGCCCGCGGGCCAAGAAGGGCAUUUUGGACCGUCUGGACAGCGGGGAGGUUGUGGUUGGUGAUGGCGGCUUUCUCUUCAGUCUGGAGAAGAGAGGCUUCGUGAAGGCGGGGCUCUGGACUCCAGAAGCAGUGGUAGAGCAUCCCAGUGCCGUUCAUCAGCUCCACACAGAAUUCUUGAGAGCAGGAGCUGAUGUCUUACAGACGUUCACCUUUUCUGCCACUGAGGACAAUAUGGAAACCAAGUGGGAAGAUGUAAAUGCAGCUGCCUGUGACCUCGCCAGGGAGGUGGCUGAUGGAGGGGAUGCUUUGGUGGCAGGGGGCCUCUGCCAGACAUCACUGUACAAGUACCACAAGGAUGAAACUAGAAUUAAAAACCUUUUUCGACGACAGCUAGGAGUUUUUGUCAGGAAAAAUGUGGACUUCUUAAUUGCAGAGUAUUUUGAACACUUGGAAGAGGCCGUGUGGGCUGUGGAAGUCUUGAGAGAAGUGGGAAAACCUGUGGCUGUGACCAUGUGCAUCGGCCCAGAGGGAGACAUGCAUGACGUGGCACCUGGACAAUGUGCAGUCAAGCUGGCACAGGCAGGGGCGAACAUCAUUGGGGUCAACUGUCGAUUUGGGCCCCAGACCAGCUUGCAGACCAUGAAGCUCAUGAAGGAGGGCCUCAGGGAUUCGGGCCUGCAAGCUCACCUGAUGGUGCAAUCCCUGGGCUUCCAUACACCUGACUGUGGCAAGGGAGGGUUUGUGGACCUCCCAGAAUAUCCCUUUGGUCUGGAACCCAGAGUUGCCACCAGAUGGGAUAUUCAAAAAUACGCCAGAGAGGCCUACAACCUGGGAGUCAGGUACAUUGGCGGCUGCUGUGGAUUUGAGCCCUACCACAUCAGGGCGAUUGCAGAGGAGCUGGCCCCAGAAAGGGGAUUUUUGCCUCCGGCUUCAGAGAAACAUGGCAGCUGGGGAAGUGGCCUGGACAUGCACACCAAACCCUGGAUCAGAGCCAGGGCUAGACGAGAAUAUUGGGAGAAUCUGCUGCCAGCUUCAGGCAGACCUUUCUGUCCUUCGCUAUCAAAGCCGGAUGCCUAAGAAGCAAUAAAAGAAGAGUCUGGAGUAAUGACAGAACAGAAAGAAAUGGCCUCGAGUCCCGUCUUCCUUGCUGUUGUCUUCAGCCUGCCUUUUCUUCCAGCUGCUGAACAUACAUGAGCUGCUUUCCCUCCGGUUGAAGCAACACCUCCCUCCUGAACAUGCUCACCAUAUGCUGUGGUGCCAGGCCCCUCCCUAUGACUAGUAAUGUCUCCAUGCAUCCAUGAGAAGGUCAUCAGCCAGGCCUGAGUUGGUUGUUUUGACAUUCUUAAAUAAUCAGUAGUCAGCAAGAAGCUACCUUAGUGAACAAUUCAGGUGUCUAAGCUAGAUGCUUAAGGAAGAGGGAGUCAGCUCUAUACCAGCAAUCAGUAUGCUUUUCCCGAGUGAGUUCCAUUGUAGCUACAAACACAUCUCAGUAGAAGAGAUGCCAAAACUGUUGUGAGUGAUGGUGGGAUUAUUGAAAUCAAAGAAGGUUUUUUUGCUUUAAAGUCCUAGAAUUGGCAAGUGCAUCUUUAUAACCACACGUAGCUAGAUUACAAACUCCUGACCAUCAAGGGUCAUCUGACAUGCUGUUUGCAUUCCUCUUUAUUUAGCGUCAUGCUAAACAUAAUCACCAACGUUCAGUGAAGUGUUGAUUAAAGUAAAGCAGAUGAACCCUGGAAGAGCCUUUCAGAAAUCAGAGUUCAAGUCCAUCUUAUUCUCCCACUCUCUUGAUUCACAUUUAUGUUGUACACUGACACUGUCUGCUUUCCUCUUUUCUCAACAAUGUAGCAAUGUGUGACACUUAGUAAAAUCACAAGUUAUUUUCUUUUUGUAGAAUCUGAGUGUCUUAAACUUUGUAGGUGUUCUUUGGAACAAGGAUAAUAAAUAUCUGUUACUUGUCAUGUU